UAAUGAUAAAAUGGUUAAAAUUUUGUAAAUAACAUUCAAACAUAUAAAAUUAAACUUUUUACAUUAAUAUUAUAUUUAAUUAAAUAUUGAAAAUGAGUGAAGAUAGUUCAGAAGCUCAACAAAUGUCAAGCGAUUUCGACUUGACUGGUUUUAUUUUUGGAAACAUUGAUGAAAGAGGACAACUUGAAAACGAUGACAUUCUUGAUUGUGAUACAAAAAAACAUUUAGCUUCACUAUCCAAAUUAGGCUUUAAUUCAAUCGUGUCAGAAGUUAUUGGAACAUCAGAAUUACAAGUUUCAGAAACUAGCAAUGAAAAUAUUGUUGAAAAUGAAGAAAAAUCACCUACAGCUCUUGAUUAUUUUGAUAUUGAAGAAUUAGCAGAAGAAGUACAAGAUGUAAAUAUACCAAAUGAUUCUAACAAAAGUAAUAACGGUGAUAAUGAAAAAAAACAGGUAUCAAAUGAAGAAACCAAUAAAUCUGAAGCCAAUAACAAACGACUAGAAACUCCUUUAGCUGCAAUGUUACCAUCUAAGUAUGAAAAUGUUGAUGUGACAACUUUAUUUCCUGAUUUUAGAGUUGGAAAAGUAUUGAGAUUUUCAAGAUUAUUUAAACCCAAUAAAUCAAGUCGACUUCCUAAAGUUUGGCGUAAUCUUAAAACUAAACGCAAAAAGAGAAAACAUAGUGAUGGAAUAGAUGGUAGCUCAUCUGAUGUUGAUUAUAAAAAACAUCUUUUAAAUCUAGAAUUUGGACCAAUUCCUCCAUCUGAAUGCAUUGCUAGUGAUGAUGAGGAUAAAUUACUUCAACCAAUUGAAAAUUUUUCUAAACAAACCAAUCAAAAUAAGCAAGAACAAGAAGAUAAUUCAAAUAAUCAAGCAUAUUGGAGAUGUGGCCCAGCUAAACUGUGGUAUGAUAUGCUAGGGGUACCUGAAAAUGGUGAAGGUUUUGAUUAUGGUUUCAAACUAAAAGAAAAUAAAUUAAAAGAUAAUGAUAAUAAUGAAGAAAAUAACCCAUACCCUGAUGAUGCUUAUUUGAUGGUAAGUCAAUUACAUUGGGAAGAUGACAUUAUUUGGAAUGGAGAAGAUAUAAAACAUAAAGUUCUUCAAAAAUUAAACAGCAAAACUAAUGCAGCUGGAUGGGUACCUAGUAGUACUAAUCGUACUGCUCAAGCUUUUAGUCAACCAGGGAAAGGAAUGCUUCCCCUUGCUGGUGGAUCAGUGAGAUUAGCUACAUCUAAUAUUAAUGUAUCUCAGUCACAAAACAAAAUGACUCCUAAACCAAAUAUUAGUUCAAAACAACAACCAAUUAAUGAUACUUCAGAUGAUACUUGGUAUUCAAUUUUCCCUGUUGAAAAUGAAGAGCUUGUAUAUAGUACUUGGGAAGAUGAAAUUAUUUGGGAUGCUAAAAAUAUGGAAAAAAUACCCCGUCCAAAGAUAUUGACUUUAGAUCCUAAUGAUGAAAAUAUCAUAUUAGGUGUACCAGAUGAUGUAGAUCCAGCAAAACAAAGAUUAGAUAAUGCUACGCCAGUUAAAGUGAAAAUUCCUCAUCCACAUGUUAAAAAAUCAAAAUUAUUACUUGGAAAAGCUGGUGUUAUUAAUGUACUAGAAGAAGAUACUCCAUUACCUCCACCAAAAUCACCAGAUAGAGAUCCAUUUAACAUUUCAAAUGACUGUUAUUAUCAACCACGUUCAUCAGAAACAUCCUUACGCCUUAAAGUUGGUGGAGGAAAUAUUAUUCAACAUUCAACUCCUGUCGUUGAAUUGAAAGCUCCUUUUAUACAAACUCAUAUGGGACCAAUGCGAUUAAGGAACUUUCAUCGUCCUCCAAUGAAAAGAUAUUCGCAUGGUGCUGUUGCUCAGCCUAUAUUGCACUGUGUACAACCUCUUUUAAAAAAUAUCAAAAAGAAAGCAAAGUUAAGAGAACAAGAAAGAAUAGCUUCUGGAGGAGGAGAUGUAUUUUUCAUGAGAACACCAGAUGAUUUAACUGGUCGAGAUGGUUCUAUUAUUCUUAUAGAAUACUGUGAAGAACACCCCCCUCUUUUAAAUCAAGUGGGUAUGUGUUCAAAAAUUAAAAACUAUUAUAAACGUAAAAUAGGAAAAGAUCCGGGUCCACCAAACUUACGUUUUGGAGAAGUUGCAUAUGCACAUACAUCUCCUUUUUUGGGUGUGUUAUCUCCUGGUAAAACAAUACAAGUUGUUGAAAAUAAUUUAUAUCGUACUCCAAUUUAUGAACAUAAGCCUUUAGAAAAUGACUUUCUCUUAAUUAGAACCAGACAUGCUUAUUAUAUUCGAGAAAUAGAUGCUCUUUUUACUUCGGGUCAAUUAUGUCCAUUAUAUGAAGUUCCUGGUCCAAAUUCAAAAAGAGCAAAUAAUUUUGUUAGAGACUUUUUACAAGUUUUUAUUUAUCGUUUAUUUUGGAAAAGUGUUGAUUAUCCAAGACGUAUACGAAUGGAUGAUAUAAAGAAAGCAUUUCCAUCUCAUUCAGAAAGUAGUAUUCGUAAGCGUCUUAAAUUAUGUGCAGACUUCAAAAGAACUGGAUCGGACUCAAAUUGGUGGGUCAUAAAACCAGAUUUUCGUUUACCAUCUGAAGAAGAAAUUCGUGCUAUGGUCUCUCCAGAACAGUGCUGUGCUUACUUCAGUAUGAUUGCAGCUGAACAAAGACUUAAAGAUGCUGGCUAUGGUGAAAAAUUUAUACUUACAAGUUUAGAUGAUGACGAUGAAGAAAUGCAACUUAAAAUGGAUGAUGAGAUUAAAGUUGCUCCUUGGAAUACAACUAGAGCAUACAUUCAAGCUAUGAAAGGAAAAUGUUUACUUCAAUUAACUGGUCCUGCUGAUCCUACAGGUUGUGGUGAAGGGUUUUCAUAUGUUAGAGUACCCAACAAACCAACAUUAAAUAAAGAAGAACAAGAAGCUCAACCUAAACGUAUGGUCACUGGAACUGAUGCUGAUUUAAGACGUUUAUCAUUAAAUAAUGCAAAGGCUCUACUAAGAAAAUUUGCUGUGCCUGAAGAAGAAAUUAAAAAGUUGUCAAGAUGGGAAGUUAUUGAUGUAGUUCGUACAUUAUCAACUGAAAAAGCAAAAGCUGGAGAAGAAGGAAUGACGAAAUUUUCUAGAGGAAAUAGAUUUUCUAUUGCAGAACAUCAAGAAAGGUAUAAAGAAGAGUGUCAAAGAAUAUUUGAUUUACAAAAUAGAGUACUUUCAUCUCAUGAAGUUUUGUCUACUGAUGAAGGUGAAAGUUUUGAUGAGGAAGACUGCUCUGACAUAGAAGAAAUGGGCAAAAAUAUUGAAAAUAUGUUAUCAAAUAAAAAAACUAGCACACAACUAUCACUAGAAAAAGAAGAACAAGAAAGACAUGAGCUACGUAAAAUGAUUAUGGGAGAACAUAAUGAUGAUAUGAGAAAAAGAGAGAAAAAAAAAUUAGAUGAUGAAGAUAGUAUGCAGUUUUCUUCUACUGGACAACCAGGUCGCGUAUUAAGAAUUUAUAGAACUUUUCAAGACGCUGAUGGUAAAGAGUUUACAAGAACAGAAGUAGUACGAAAACCUGGUGUAAUUGAUGCUUAUGUAAAAAUUAGAACUACAAGAGAUGAAGGUUUUAUUAGACAAUAUGCACUUAUGGAUGAAGCUCAAAAGGAAGAAAUGAAACGUGAAAAACGUAGAAUUCAAGAACAGUUGAGACGCAUCAAAAGAAAUCAAGAACGUGAACGAUUUUCAAACAAUUCCCGAACACAACCUGGUUUUGGGUAUUCAAUGGCAAAUAAAAAUAAUUCUCUUGGAAGUGACUCACCAAUGCCUACUUCUGGUACUGUUACUAUACCUAAGCCUCGUAUGGAAGCUACUCCACCACGUCCACGUAAACCUAAGCCUAGCAAAAUGAAACCAGAUUUAAAAGUUAGAUGUGGUGCUUGUGGUAAUGUUGGUCAUAUGAGAACCAAUAAGGCAUGUCCUCAAUAUAAUUUAAAUCCUAAUGCUCCUGUCAAUGUUGCUCUCACCGAAGAACAAGAAGAGGAAAUAGAAAAACAAAUGAAUGUUGAAGAUGAAGAUUUAGUUAAUGUUGAUGGUACUAAAGUUACAUUAUCUAGUAAAUUACUUAAACAUGCUGAAGAAGUAAAAAGAAGAUCUUUACUUUUAAAAGUACCUAAGGAUGCAUUAUCCCGGAAAAAACGAAAAAAUGAACUACAUUGUGACUAUCUAAAAAAACCUGAUAGGUCAGCUAAUAGACGUCGCACUGAUCCUUUAGUUGUGCUUUCUACUAUUUUUGAAUCAAUUUUAAAUGAAAUGCGUGGAAUGCCCGAUGUUCAUCCAUUUAUUUAUCCUGUCAAUGCUAAGUUAGUACCUGAUUAUUAUAACAUUGUACAAAGACCUAUGGAUUUACAAACAAUACGCGAUGGACUUCGCCUAAAAAAAUAUCAGAACCGAGAAGAGUUUCUUUCAGAUGUUAAUCAAAUUGUAGAAAAUUCCACUCUUUAUAAUGGUGCUAAAAGUUCAUUAACAGUUGCUGCACGACGAAUGUUGGGUGUAUGUGUUGAUCGUUUACAUGAAAAAGAAGAGCGACUUAUGUUGCUUGAAAAAGCCAUUAAUCCAUUACUAGAUGAUAAUGACCAAGUUGCAUUAACUUAUAUAUUAGAUAAUGUCGUUGGUAAAAUAAAGACAAUGAGUGAAGCAUGGCCAUUUAUGAAACCAGUUAACCGAAAAUUGGUUAAAGAUUACUACAAUAUUAUUAAACAGCCAAUUGAUUUAGAAACAAUUGCAUCACGUGUUUCUAGUCAUAAAUACCACAAUCGAAAAGAAUUUUUGGCUGAUAUUAAUUUAAUUUUAGAAAAUAGUGUGGCUUACAAUGGCGAUGAUUCAGAUUUCACACAACAAGCCAGAAAUUUAGUCAAAGCUGCAAGUGAAUCUUUGGAAGAGUUUGAUCAAUAUCUUACACAAGUUGAGCAAAAUAUAAGUUUAGUUCAAGCAAGAGCUUUAGAACAAGUUGAAAUUGAUUCUGUAGCUGAUGAUGAUUAUGCCAAUAUGCAGGAUAUAGAAGAUAGCUUAAACUCGCCAAGAGAUCACAAAGUUAACAUUGAAGACAUAGAAUUUCAAAUAGAUCCCGAAAAUAAUUUCAAAUCUGAAAGUCAUCAAAUAUUAGCAGAUGAUUUGAACUGUUCCAGUGAAGAAGAUGAUUUUAUGGAAGUAGUAGGAGAGAACCCACCGGAUGAUGACAGUCAACAAGUGGCUGAAGCAAUGGUUUUACUAGGUAACACAGGAUACAGUACAGCAGUUGAAACAUUUUCAAAUCAAAUUCAAGAUGAUAGUAUGGAUCUUGACCCAAAUUAUGAUCCAUCAGACUUUUUACCAACUGGUAGUAGAAAUUUUAGAAUAAAUGAAGACAAAAGUUUUGCUGGACCAAGUAACCCAAAUAGUUCAAGCGCGAUUCAAGAUGAUUUAGCCAUAAGUGAUUCAGAUGAAGAUAAAAAUGAAAUUUCAAAUAUUACAGAUGAUGCUAAUAAGACUGAUGGGGAUUUAGGUGAAUUAUGGUUCUAAAAUGUAACUUUAAACUUUUAAUAUUUCUAUAAUUUUAUUAGGUUAAUUCAUAAUACUAUAAUUAAUUUGUAAAUUUUUAUACUUUGUUAAAUUAUAUUUUUAAUUGUCUAUAAGUAUUAGUUUAGUUACUAUAAAUGGAUUUAUAUUUAAUA